AUGUUGAUGACUACAUGGGUCUGUUGGGAUGGCGUGUUGGUUGCCAAGUCGUGCUCUUGUCAGGCCAUAAUCUUGACCGUUUUGAGCAUUCACAACCUAGACGAGACGGCUGCGGAUUAUUAUCCGAAUUCUUCUCCCACUGCCGCUCACCAUUAUGUUCAAACACGGCAGAUUCUAGAACUGCAAUACAAUUUGUGGUGCAGUAG